AUGGGUUCUCAGUCAGUCAGCCUUGACCUCCGCGGCCUCACCCCUGCCCCCAUCACUCCCUUCACCAAAGACGGCAAGGUCGACUACGAUGCCAUCCAACGCCUUGGCUCCUGGCUCGGCAGCAUUUCCGGCGUCAAGGGCUUGGUUGUUCUCGGCCAUGCAGGCGAGGGCACUUUCCUGACGCAAGACGAACAGGUCGCCGUCAUCAAGGCCUUCGUCAAGUCCGUCGACAACCGCAUCCCCAUCAUUGCCGGCAUCACCGGCGAAGGUACCGAAGUCGCCGCUCUCGAGGCCAAGCGCGCCCGUGAAGCCGGUGCCGCCGCCGGCCUACUGUACCCUUCUCACGGCUGGCUCCGCUUCGGAUACCAGCCGGGAGCCCCGCAGGACCGCUACAAGGUCGUCUACGAGGUCAGCGGGCUGCCCCUCAUCCUCUUCCAGUACCCCGACAACACCAAGGCGACGUACAACCUCCAGACUCUCCUCGAUAUCUCGGCGCAGCCCGGAGUGUUCGCCAUGAAGAACGGCGUGAGGAACAUGAGACGCUGGGAUACGGAGAUCCCCGUCAUCCGCAGGGAGCGGCCCGACCUGCAGGUACUCACUUGCCAUGACGAGUACCUCCUCCACACGGUGUUCGACAUUGAUGGCAUGCUCGUCGGAUACGGCAACAUUGCGCCGGAGCAACUCAUUGAGAUGAUCAAGGCCGGCAAGGCAAAGGACUACCCCAAGGCCCGCGAGAUCCACGACAGGUUGCUGCCCGUCACGAAGGCAGUGUACCACAGAGGAUCGCACAUGGAGGGUACCGUGGCGUUGAAGCAUGCGCUUGUUGCGCGGGGUAUUCUCGACCAUGCAACUGUGAGGUCACCUCUGUUGCCUUUGGAAGACGGCGCGGAGACGGAAAUCCAUGCUGCUGUGUCGUCUGCAGCCCUGGCGCGGGUAAAGGGACUGUAG